AGUCUCUGUCUUUCAUAUGCGUUAUUCUCCAGGUAUCCACUAGUUGACAUUCAUUACCCUGUAAGAAAGCCCUCUGUAGCGACUGUUCCUUCCCCUGUUCCAUCCUCCAGUUCUUCUCUGUCUCCAGCUGCUCCAUUCAUUUGCAGACCUGCGUUUACUUGCAGUGCCCCAAACCUGCCUUCCGUGGUUCAGCCUGAUGCCUCUCUUCAGCCUGAUGCCUCUCUUCAGCCUGAUGCCUGUACUCAGCCUGAUGCCUCUACUCAGCCUGAAGCCUCUACUCAGCCUGAAGCCUCUACUCAGCCUGAAGCCUCUACUCAGCCGGAUGCCUCUACUCAGCCGGAUGCUUCUACCCAGCAUAAUGAACUGAUCCAGCCUGAUGAUCCUAUUAGGCCAGUUGACUCGAUGCCCGCUGUUGAUCCAGAUGAUCCGGUACCUGAUCCGGUGCCCGCUGUCGUGCCAAUUGACUCAGAGCCCGCUGUCGUACCUGGUGACUCGGUGCCCGCAGUUCCGCCAGUUGACUCGAUGCCCGCU